UCGUUCGAACAAAAUGUACACGGCAUUUAAAGUAAUGUCGAACUGAGCCGCGUUAAAUGACCUUUGAACCGAACAAUGAUUUGUUUUAAUGUGUGAAAGUUUAAUAUUUCAAAACAGCAGACGUUACGCACUUGAUGUUCGGUAUUUGUUGUUGAAGUCAUUGUUUAAACUCGUUUAAUAAUAUAAUAUGAUGUGUCAUUUAUUUUUUUAUUCAUGAAUGAUUUAGUACAUGUAUACAUACUAGUUAACAUUAAUAAUAACUAAACUGUAUAUAAACAUAUAAAGAGCGGCCGCGCUUGUGAUGCAUUUCUAUAAAUCCAAUACAAAACCAAAUUUGUAAGGAAUAUAUUUCUAGUGACAGAUACCCGAUAAUGCCAGGAUAUUCUAAAGGAAUUUUUAUCCAAUAAUCAAGAACGCUAAUAUGUUAGUGCCGCUACCUGUUGUUCGGGACCAAUUGAUCAGGAUAUAUUUUUACCUGUACACCGGCUGAGGUGUGACAAAUAAAUAGAAGUGGAGUAAAUCACUAUAUAUGUGGAAUAAAGUGUAUACAUGUUUAUUUUUUUCCCUUUCAGAAUGGAUAAAACAUGGAUAGUAAUGAUUAAAAAUGGAUAUAUAUAAAUGAGCGGAAUUUCCGUAGAAGGGAAUUCUUAUUUUCUCGGAGCGGGGGAUAUGCCUCCAGGAGUGUAUGUUGAUCUUUUUAUGGAAGCAUGUCUCCGACUAUGUGGAAAACGCAGUAUGGACUAUAAUGAGGUUGAUGAAAAGCAGCCACACCUUCCAAAAGGGGCCUCGGUUCCCCGCAACCAGGUCGCAGGCCAUAAACAUGAAGGCAGGUCAAAAUUAGGGUUAUUGGAACAUGAGGACGGGACUAUAUUGAAGGCACUACAGAAGCCUCCUCGCGGGACGAGGGAGCUGGACUUCUAUAGGAAAAUAUUUGAUGAGGACUGUGCUGAUAAAGAUAUAUUACAACUACAACAACUACUCCCGCAGUUCUACGGCUCAUUUCAAUUUGAUGAAUAUCCAGAUGUGACAUACCUGAAGCUGGAGAAUCUAGUUAGAAAGUUCAAGAAACCAUGUGUUGUUGAUAUUAAAAUGGGGAAGAAAACUUACGAUCCGGAGGCUGGACCUGCUAAGAUCGCUAAAGAGAUGACAAAGUUCCCACAUGUAGAAAAGUUUGGCUUCCAAUUCACAGGAAUGCAGACAUAUGACCCAGUGGAACAGAGAAUCAAAUUUUAUGACAAGUUUUUCUGUAGAAAACUGGGAGAGAAUGAACUAUUAACAAAAGGACUUGGAACCUACUUCAGUAUAAAGCAUGGACUCAGAAAAGACGCUAUUAAAGUUUUAAUUGAAAAAUUAAAAGAAAUCGAGAAGUGGUUCGAAACUCAGAGACGAUUCUCAUUCUAUGCUAGCUCAUUGUUAAUGAUUUAUGAAGGUGAUACUCAACAAAAUGAUUAUUACACUCCGUGCAAUCAGUGUCACACAGGAGACUGUAUGUGUAGUAUGGCCGACUCCGAGCAGACAGACUCGACCGACCAGUCAGAUAAUGCAUCCUCGCGUGGAACUGAAAACACAGACCUAACCUCGUCCGAAACAGUAUUGUCCGAAAUGGAUACAGCUUCAUCAAGUAGAACAGACAACUCAUCGCUAACGGCCUCAGUUAGUAACAUAUCUGUGGAUACACAGUCUACGUCAGGAAAUCCCGGAGUCAAUAACCAUAAUGCAAUCCUGGCGGAAGUGCGUAUGAUAGAUUUCACGCACGUGUUUAAUGUUGAGGAACAAGACGAUAACUACCUAUAUGGUUUGAAAAAUCUUAUUUCCAAUAUGCAACAGCUCCUCGACUCAUAGCAGUUUGUAGAUUGCUGGACCAAUGAGAAAAGUUUGAAAGAUAGGCGAAAAACUGUUUUCAUGUAACCUACAAAAGUUUUUGCUUCUAGGUGAAAUGUCUGGGUUGCUUUCAAGAUUACUUAUAAAAAAAAUUUCUUUCUCACAAAAAAAUGAAUUUCUUACUAUUAUAAGUUAUGUUUGAGGCUUGUAAUUGCUAGCAUAUACAUGUAUUUUAACUUUGUGAUAAAUUUUUUAAGGUCAUUCCAUCACUGGCAAUGAAGUAUAUCUGCCCAUACUGUUAGAAUCAUUUUAAUCAAAUAAUAAAUUUUGAAAAAAUUCUCUUCAAUGCAAGUUAACGAAACCCCUGCAUGGCGACAAUUAUAUGACUGAUUGGUUUAGCCCGAUGAAAAAAGAAUUUCAUUUAUAUUGUAUGCAUUUCUAUUGUGGUCAAAACUCUUUUUGUUGAUUUAAUAGAAUACUCAUGAGAAAUAUCCAAGAAAGUUCCCUACUAUUAGAUGAAAUUCUGAUAAUGAGAAAAAAAUAUACCAAAGAUAAAGUUUUUGAGAAAUAAAAAUGAUACCAUUUAUGAGGCAUAAUGGACCUUUAACUUUGAUAUUAAUAGCAGACUAAUCAUUAUCAGUCUCAUCAUUAUAUUCUUAGGAAAUUCCUAACUUGAAUAUAUCGGAAUACUGAUAAUUGGGUUCUAAGAAAGUUCUUAACGUUUGAUCGUAAUCUCGACUUAAAUGGAAUACUGUUAAUUGGAUUCUUAGAGUGCUUGUCAACUACAUUAUACAGUGUAGUAAUAAAGCUUUAAGUCAGUCUUAUUUACAUAGUUUUUUUACAUUAAUUUUUCUAUCUAAAUAUUGGCACUCCUGUAAAACAGGUCAAAUAAACAUUAGUUUCUUGGAAUUAUUGAUUUUUUAGCUCGACUUUUCUAUGAAAAGGGGAGCUAUCCUACUCGCCCCGGCGUCGGCGUCGGCGUUGGCGUCACACCUUGGUUAAGUUUUUCGUACCACCCCACUUUAUUUCAGAAGUAUUACAAGUAUGGCUUUGAAACUUACCAUACUUGUUCACCAUCAUAACCUCCAUCUACAGACAAGAGUACAUAACUCUGUCAAGGUUUUUGACAGAAUUAUGGCCCUUUUUUGACUUAGAAAGUGUAUUGAGCUUGGUUAAGUUUUUUGUACCACCUCACUUUAUUUCAUAACCAUUGGAGGUAUUGCUUUGAAACUGACCAUACUUGUUUACCAUCAAGACCUUCAUCAACAGACAAGAGGACAUAACUCUGUCAAGGUUUUUGACAGAAUUAUGCCCCUUUUUGACUUAGAAAAUACAUUGAAUAUGGGUAAAAUCCACUUAUUGCCUUAACCCUUUGAGAUAUUGCUUUGAAACUUUUAAUGCUAUUUCACAUCAUUACCCCCAUCUGUACGCAAGAGAAGGUAACUCUGUCAAGGAUUUGUUUUAAAAAUUAAGGCCUUUUAUCGACUUAGAAUCUUGGUUAAUAAUUCUUCACUAAAUAUCUUAAUGCUCAUGGCCAUUGUUCACUUUAAAAAUACAGAGAUUCUUGUAUUGCCUUUUACUGCAAAAACUUUUUUUAUUGGCAAGCAAUAAAAAAGUCGAGCGCGCUGUCUUACGGACAGCUCUUGUUUAUUUUGAUUGUAGUCAUUUUGGCUCUUGAAACAUAUAAUAUGAGAAAUUCAGUUUUGUAUUCAGUUUUAUAAACAAUAUACUUGCUGUUUGAUUUACAUUGAUUAAUUAAAGGUGGUUCAGGGCAUUUUCACCAUAUUACCUUGGACUGAUAUUAGGACCUGUUCCCAAUCCAAAAGACUUGAAAAUAACGCUUUUUUUUCUCAGUUUAGAUAACUCAAUAAUCCCCAACAGAAAACUGUUUUAACUUCUGAGAAAAAUUGAACUGUUUUGACUUGUUUCUGAAAAGAAAUUACAGCUUAAAUGAUCAUACAUGUGUUAUUAACCAUAAAAAAACAUGUAUAACGCAUUUUUUCAACUUAUUAUAAUUUUCCAAAUUUCUCAAAAUGCUGAAAAGUAUGUUUUUUUACCAAUUCAUGCCAGGGGUCUUUUCCCGAAAUAGUUCGGAAAAAUCCUGUAAUGGUGGGCAAUUUAUACAAAGAAAUACUGGUAAAAUUGUUUUUGUUUUCUUUGAGAAAGAGCAUUAUGAGUCAUGUUAGGUAGGUUGUUUAUAGAACAUAGUGUUUCCACAGUAAAUGACAAAACUGGUUCCCUGUAUCUGUGAUAGGUAUGAUUGAUGUGUUGAUUGGACAGGUAUCUAGACAUGGUACCAGGAAUUAUUAUUCUGUACAUCUCUGUCUUUGUUUCUGUAACAAUGAUUUCCAUGUUUUCUCCCCCAUGUUUUCUCUUAUGCAUGUUAAUUACUCAUCUAUUUGAUUUGUACAUGAUAAGCCUUUUUCUGGCUGGUGAUGAAAUUCCACAAUGAGAAAUAAGAAUGUAAACAAGUGUUGUUCUCCCUUGUCAUUGAUUUAUAUACUUUUUUUUCCCAUAAUUAUAUAUAGAAAUUUCUAUUUCUACAAAUAGAAAAACAUCCCAUGUCAUUGAUUAAGAUAGAUUUUUUUUUAAAUAAUUAUAUAUAUAGAAACAUCAUUUUCUACAUAUGGAAAAAAAAAGAUAUAUGUUAAACAAAGCACAAUAAAAGAAAAACACAAAAAACUUUGUAUAUGCUCAAUGUAUUAUACUAUAGAAAACCAGGAAAUAAAAAAGACAAAAGCCAGUCAUGAACCAUUUUGGCAUGACAUCAUCAGACCGCAGUCAUUUACUAUGGAAUCCCUCAAUUUUUAACCAUUUUUGUUUUAGAUUUAUUUUCUGAUAAUGGAACUCUCCAGAUAUUAGAUUGUAAAAUAUUGAUGAUUGAGUGGCUGGGCACAAACAAACUCUUCCAUGUGCAACUCCCCCAUACAUUUAUAAUGGGAUUUCAACCAAACUUUAACCAAAUGAUUGUUAUCAAAUAAAGUUUCCUGGUGCAUAUUGUUGUUUGGUUUCUAUUUGAUCUUUUUUGAAAGAAUUAUGACCUGUUGUAUUUUUUUCCUCACAAAAUUAUUGUAACAUUAGCAGAAAAACAAGUUUUGUGUAAUUUCCUGUCAUUUUGAAUCUUUGUUUCAUAUUUUGUAUCCUCUUUGCUCUGAUUCCAGUAAUGAAAAAAAAAAGUCUUUGUGUUAAAAAAGAUGUGCCCAAAUGGACACACUAAAAACAUGUAAAAAUGAUUUUUCAUGAGAGCUGAUAAUUCAUAAUGAUAAUGUUAUAUUAUGAUAGAUAAUAUUCAGUUUUUUGCAUAUUUAUUGAUAAUUGUUUUCUUCAAGUAUUAUGUGUAUUUACGUUCAUAGAUAUAGAAAUGUGUGAUACUUCUUUGUAAUGCCUUUUUUCUCCAAGUAUAAAUAUUUUUAUCUAACGAAAUGUUGCAUUACAUGUUUGUUUUUGAUAAAGGCACUAAAGUAGAAAAUAUCUUAAGAAUUAGAACAAGAUAAUAAAGAAGGGCUCUUAUUUUGGAUAAUACAAUGUAUCUUAAGAAUGAGAUCAAAUUUUUAAAAAAUAAUUUGGUUUAAUAAUUAUGGUAAUGUUUUUGCAACAAUAUUGAAAUGUAAAAAAAAAAUGUUUUUCUUAGUGCUAUUGUUUGUGUUACUUUAUAUAAUUCCUUGAUUUGAUUGAUUUCAUUUUGAUUGGAAUUUGGUUGUAAUUAGAGGGAUGGGUGGGAUAGGGGUUAAUGUAUUUUAUCCCAUAUAUAUACCACAAUGGUGGCAACAUCUUCAUUUACUGAGCUGACGCCUUCAUAAUUGGACUUUGGACAUAUUGAAAUUUGACACUGAAUCCUGAAUGACUUUGAUUAUUGCAAAGUUUUGCCAUUACUUUCUUUUAUUUAUUAUCGUAAUUGGUGGAGGAAAUUCUUUUCUCAUAUUUAUAUUUUCAUUAAUAUAGGACAACAACUUUUAGAUUAUUUUAUUCAAGUUUCAACUUUGAAUGGCUAUACAAGCUGAAAAUCUCAUUUAAUGAAUCCAUACAGCUGUAUUAUACUACGUAUAAACACUUAUUUUUACUUUUUUUUCUUUGGGUUUCUCUUUCUUUCUUUACCUUUUGCUGUAUCAGCAAUCUCAUCCUUGUUCAUUAGAGAAAUAAACUGCCUCUGAAUUAAAUACCUGUGUUCACAAAGAAAAAAUCCGGAUCUGGAUUUAUGUUCAUUGCGUUUUGUCGCUUAUUAAUGAUCAUAUUUGGUUAUAAUAAUAAGGUAUUUUUACAAAAUGUAAAACUUGCUGAUUUUGCAAAGAAAAAAACAUAGUUUGGGACAAAAAUUAUUUAGGAGUAAAAAAUUGCAAUACUAAUAACAAUAAUAACUGGAUCAAAAUAAGGAUCAAAUUAAGGAUCAACGUAAAAAUUUUGAUUACCGGUACCUUAUAAUCAUGCAUAGCUUGUUUAGUUAUAAUAAAAUUUGUGUUUCACAUAUGCAUGCCAUUUCAAGCCCACGUUUAUGUUUAUAUUGAAUACUAAAUCUGUGCAAGUACGAAAUAUGUAUUUUGACCCUGAUCUUGAUCCUCAAAUCUUUGUGAACAUGGGGCCAAAUACUAUAAUUUAUAUUAAAUAUUUAAUUAUUUUUGAAGAAAUUCUUCUAUUCUAUAUUUGUAUCUUUGAUAUUUUGGGAUGGAUUUAUUGUCUGCAUUGUGUUCUCUUUAAUUUCUCAUUCAUUUUGACAUGAAUUUUAAACAUUGUUCUUUAACCUGAUGAUGUCUGACCUUUGACCUUAGAUGAUGUCUGACCUUUGACCUUAGAUGAUGUCUGACCUUUGACCUUUGCAGCUGUCAGUUCUAUUGUGAUGACAGUACAUGUAUGAAGUAAGCUUUUAAUCUGUGAAACCAAAACUUGCAAAUAGUCAUGUAAUUUUCGAAUGCAACUGAAAAUCUAAACAAAAAGCAAUUGCUUUUAGAACUAAAUUAUCCUUUGUUUUUAUGUAUUACACAUAUUUUAUUUUCUCCCAAGAGUAAUCAUGUAGAAAUUUAAAUGGGAGUAUUUACAUACUGAUAGAAAUAGCAUAGCUAUUACUUUUCAUGAAUAGAUUACUGUUGCAUUUGACAGAUAUAUACACGUGUGGGAUUUGAUGGUUAGAUUGUAAAUCAGAUAGGUCGGGUAUGACUCGCUACAUGUAAUCACUGACUAUUUCAUGUGCUGUCAAUCUUCAUUAAUGUCAAUUGUGAUAUACAAGUAAAGUUGCUUUCUGUUUCUGCCCACAACAAGCUGAUAUGAAUAAUCUCUGAGCUAUUGUUUUAAUAUCUCUACAAUAAAGAAUGAGGGGGUUUUGUUUCUUCUUGCUAUAAUUCUCUUAGAAUGUAAUAAAUGGAAAGGUGUGUUUAAAUAGGAUAAAAGAAGUAAUUAUGAAAAAAUGUAAUGAAAAACAAAAGAAUCUAGCAUUUACAAAGAAACAAAAAAAAACAAUUUGUAUUAAAUGUAAAAGAUUCUCUCAUUCUUAAUCAGCUAUUAUUUUGUUUUUUUUGCAGCUUUCAAUUUUUCAGACUCCUAGUUUUAGUCCAAUAUACAACGAAAGAAAUUAUUUGUUUCUUGCUCAAAUGACAUUAUUCCAUUAUCAAUUUUAUAAAAUGGUGGUUUAGUUAAUUUUGAUAAAAAAAAACAGCAUUCAUUAAAAAAGUUGUAAGAAAUGGUUAGGGUUAUGCUAUGGCGAUAUAUCUGUGAAUCUUUAAGUACUCUCUCUAUCUUGCUGAUGAUAAUAAUGUUAUGUUUUGUUUCAUAGACAGAUGCUUUAGGGAUCAGACCUUGCACCCCAAUGUGAUAAGCCCGUGUAAACACCCUUAUCAAAAGUCUUUUAACAUUAUAACACGAAUGGGAAAUCAGUCUGUUACAACGAAAAAACAGGUUUUCGAACAAUUUUCUCAUAAAUACAAAAAAAUACCUUUUACCAUCAAGUCUCAAUACUGUUUAAAUGUUCAAAGAUUUUUGAUAGAGUGUUAUCAGUGGUGCAUCACGUUGGAGGGCAGCGUCUGACUCCGAAGUGUCUACGUUUCUUUUGACAUUGGCAGAAAUAUAAUUUCCUUCAAUCCUAAGUUCACUUGGAGCAGCAAAUUCUAAAAAUAUGACCAGUGCCGACCAUAAUAAACCAGCACUUAUGUUCCGUUUGAAAAUGGUAUGCACUGUUUGCUAUAAUAAUUCAGUUAGUACAUGCUAUGAAAUUUUCCUUUAAAUUGAUGAACGGUUUUGUCCAGAUAGAUAUGAAAAUAGACAGACAUGUCCAUUUAAGAUAUUUAGAGUGGUUAAGAUUAAUUAAUACACUAACAAUCAAGAUCAUGUGAAGUCCAUUAUACUAAUUCAUUUGGGAAUAAGAUAAUGAAUGGAAUUGUUUUAGAUAACCCAUGUACAUUUUAAUCGUGAUUAAUCCUAGGGACAUGACCUUGAAUCCAUUUAACCAUAUUGAUUUUAUGAAUGUGUCAUAUGAUAUAUCAUAUAGGAAAAUAAUCUCAAAAAGGAACCUUUUUAUUGGUCAAAUUUUUUGACAUUUAUAAAAAAUCAGUCUAUCGAAAUCCUUGUUUCAAAAUUUAUGAUUCUGUACUAUAAUUUGUUACAGUUUCUUAGUUUUGAAGAUGAUUUAUUGAUAAGUAUAAAGGUCAUUGAACCUGUUUUCUUUUAAACAGAUUUCUUCAGAAAUGAUUACUUAGCUAUAGACCUGUUGGUUAAAGACUGAUUUUUUUUCUCCAUAGAAGUCGAUGAAUAUUGCCAUCAAAGCUCUGGGAGAAAAUAUAUGACAGCGGGAGACUAUUAUAAACUAUAAAUGAACCUCGUCUAUCCAUUUAUAUCCCUGCCAUUAUUUAGUUAUUUAAACAUUAAAUAACAGCUUUUGAUACAGGAGAAAAUGUGAUAUCGAUUAGAUCUAGAUGCUGUGUUGUUGACAGGUGUACGAUGAUUGACUACUGUAUUUUAUUGUUAUUUUGUGAUUCUCUAUGUUAACGUGGUCAAUAGCACUGCAAGUAAAAGUUAAAAUUAA